UUGACUGGUACCACACUCAAGUCAUAACUAGCUCUAUUCAUCAUCAUCUGCAAUAUGGACUAUUUUCUUGGAAACCCUAAUCCUAACCCUGCCGUGAACAUGGCUCCUUUCUUUUCCUCUGAUUUUGAGAUAUCUGAUUUUCUUGCCCUUGAUGAUGUUGUUGAUCAUCAUCCAGAGUCUUGGUCGCAAAGCACAGAAACAGAAUCAUCUGAGAAAGCUGCAGCCUCCAGCGAUGCCAGUCAUGGAUUUGGUGAUGCAACCUCUACAAACAAUAACAUUACUUUUGACAGAAAAUGUGAAAGUGGGGUUAAGCGAAACAAGGUGGAAGAUCAAGUGAGCCCAAGGGUCACGUUUAGAACCAGAUCGCAGCUUGAGAUUAUGGAUGAUGGAUACAAAUGGAGGAAGUAUGGGAAGAAGUCAGUCAAGAACAAUCCCAAUCUCAGGAACUACUACAAGUGUUCAGGUGAGGGAUGCAGUGUAAAGAAAAGGGUGGAAAGAGAUAGAGACGACUCGAGCUAUGUGUUGACAACUUAUGAUGGUAUCCACAAUCAUGAGAGCCCGUGUACUUCCUAUUAUGGCCAAAUGUCCUUAGUGCAUUCUAAUGUUUGGGCAGUCUAGGCUUCAGCAAACUAUAUAUUCAUAUUGUUGCCUCUUGAUGAGAGUUACGUUUUCCAUCAAUGUCGCAUUCUAAUUAUUGGGUGGAGUAGUCUCCUACAAACUAUCCAUAUUAUAUAUAGUCUAGUGCAUUUAGUGGUUUGUUGGCUUGAUGUAUAUAUUGGUCAACGUACUCCUUAUCUUUUUUAUAAUGGGUUGGGGCACUCCUUGUACUUCCCAUUAAUCUAUUUGGCUUAUAAAAAAAAGUCUGAACAUCAAGGUUCAUGUCAAUUAGUUAAUGCACAAGUCUUCAUGAA